CCGCGCCGUUAAGGUACCUUCCUGUGUUACCUUACGCUGCAGGCAUAAUAGGUAGGCACAGGCACAGGUGCAUGGGCAGGGGGCCUAGGACCUUCCUGUGUCCCCUAUUUUCAGGUUUGUUUUGGAUCUCCUCAUCCACGGCACGCCAUUCGAGCCGUGGUCGUCACAAUUCUGUUUUUCAUUGCACCAUUUGACAUAACCCGUUCAUCAGUUGCAACGACACGAUGGCCUUCCUCGCCACGCUGCUGCUUCGUCUCGACGAGAGCGUCACAGGGCUCUUCGGACAAUGGAAUCCCUGGACCAGCGUCAUCGUCACCGUUUUGGUUGGCUUUCUGACUUACCAGAUUGCUGCACGACAAGAGCCGGACAUCCAUCCUCUUCUGCUUGCCCGCCAGUCUCAGCGCUCCGAGGUGCGCCUGCCUGGCGAGUCCCCCGUCUACCGGUCGCAAAGCGCCCCGCAUGGCAUGCCGCUCAACGCCGGCUUGAAUGUGAAGGACCCCGGUGCAGCCAAAUGGUCUAGAGGCCGCGAUGGUGACCUGCGAGAUAUCUGGCGCCAGGUCAUUGCCGGUGUGCAGGAGGACGGUCCGACGAAGGGGGCAACCGGCCGCAUCUUGACCGUCCUCGGCACCGACAAGGUAGUCGAGCACCAUCUCCGAGACCUCACCCGCCACAUCAACUUUAUCGGUCAGCAUCUCGCCAGCCAGGGCGCUACUCGCGUGGCUAUCUACCUCCCGAAUUCGGUUGAGCUGAUGGUGACGCUGUUCGCAUGCGCCUUCUACAACCUAACCGCCGUGGUUCUGCCCUUCGACCAGCCCGACGAUGCUGUCAUCUCCAUGCUGCGCCGAUCCGAUGCCGACAUUGUUGUGACUGCUCCGGGCUCCUUUCCCUUCAACCUCGUCGUCCAGAACUACCCCUCCCUGCGCCAGCUGAUCUGGGUCGUCGACGAGGGCAGCAAGCACAUGGACUGGAACGAGAUUCCCCAAGGCGCCGGAGGGAGUGUCAACGUGACCACCUGGCAAGAUGUCCUAUACGAGGGUUCCGCCAACUCCGGAAAUGAGCUUCCUCCGCUGCAAGGACAGAGAGAACCCAGCGACGUCAUCGUCUUCUGGCAGUCCAAACCUGGACAAGAGGAGGAGAUGGUCCAGUUCACAUCCUCCAACCUCAUCGCCGGUGUUGCCGGCCAGAUCUUUGCCAUCCCGACCUCUCAUCGCAUGGGUCCCUCCGACCUCUUUCUGCCUGCCGAUUCCCUCGCCAAUACCCACACCCUGGUCCUCACCCUCGCGGCCCUUUACUCCAACGCCUCCGUCGCCUUCAACUCGGCUGCCCCCCAGGCUGAGGAUCUCACAGUCGCGGUCCGCGGCGUGUUCCCCACCAUUCUCGUUGCGACGCCCGCGGCGCUGCUCAAGACGCACAAAGAAGCCCAGGCCCAGCUCAAGAGCUCGCUCGUAGCUCGCACCCUCCACUCCCUGCAGCUCCAGAAGCUCACUCAAAACGGCGUCAUGCCCCUAAUCAAGACCCGCCUACCUGCGGGCAGCAAGCUGCGACUGAUUCUGACGGCCGAGCGCCCCCGCGCCGACACACCCAGGUUGUCGUGCCGCGUGCUGACCGAUCUGCGGGCGUUUACCGGCGCCAGGAUCAUGUACGCCCUGACGGCGCCCAAGGUCGCCGGGACUGUGACACAGACCGGGUUCUACGACUACCGCGUGUUUGACGGGGAAAAGGAUGGCGGCUACCACUUUGGCCCGCCGCUCACGAACGCCGAGAUUGUGCUCAGGGAUACGGGCUUGUUCAGGACCGGGUCGCAUGGGAGUAGGGGAGAGAUUUUCGUCAGAGGCCCCUGUGUCGCUGGCGGGGAGGCGUCGGUUGCGGCUGCUGGCAUGUUCAGGGAUGAUAACACCCUUGCGUACACCCGCGCAUAUGAGUUCUCGUUCCACCAGGCUCCACCCGACGAGCGAUUCAAGCAAAUCGAGGACGACAAAGACGCCAACUCGGAUUAGACUUCGAUUUGCACGUCAGUUUCAGGUUGGUUUGCCCUGGCCUACAUAGAUAGAGGGCACUUCAUCGAUAGGGACGAAUUGCCCAGAAACAAGGUAGACGUGCAAGGCUUCAAUACAAAUCAAUACA